CAAAAAAAAAAAAGGCUGCAAUCACGUGACUAAAGUGAAUUUGCUUCAACAUCCGUGAACAAAUGUUUUUCGGACUGUCUGUAUAAACGAACCCAGAGCUAAACUUCACCCCACACCUCAUUUCCUUAUUUCUAAGCUCUCCCUUCUCUAUCUCCCUUUCAAUAGAUUCACUUGACUGACCUACAGAAUUGGCCAAAGUUCCGCCAGAGCCGAAAGUGCCUGAUUCUGCCGAAACUCCGCCAGAAUCGCGAGUGUCUGUGAUUAUUGCCUUGUCCCCCUUGGUGUCUUUGGAUAUUGCCUUGUUCGCCGGUAGAAUUGGUCGCCGUGCUGACUACUAAUGGUGCUAACAAGGCAAUCAAUUUUUUAAAUACGAAUAGUUUGAAAGAGCACUCGUCUCUAAUAGGUAUAACAUGUCAAGUGAUAAUUGCUUGGUGAUUCAAGUAUAUUGGGGAGGAAAAAUUAUAUACGAAGGAGGGUCAAUUUCAUAUGAUCCCCCUAUACCGAAAAAAGUGUUGUUCCUUACAGAGAUGGUAGGUUAUGAUGAUUUGGUAGACAAAAUAUACAAUAUUCUGGGUUUAGAUCGGAAUCGCUAUAAGAUUAGUUUGAUAUAUCGGAGUUACCUCCAAAAUGGCAAGUUUGGUGCAAUGCCUUUGGUGAAUGAGAAUGGAGUUGCCGGACUGUACUACUUACAAUCUGGUAGUAAACUUGCAACCAAAAUAUAUGUGGAGAUUGAGGAGGCCUUUCAUUUACAAGAGGAUGAUUCCCAAAUUUUCCCAAUUGUAAGUGCUAAUCCUGAGCGAGGUGAUAGUAGUUCGGAACACAUAUCUUUAUUCCAGUCAGUUGGCCUUUUUGAGAGUCAAAUGAUCCAAUUAGAUGUAGGUGAUGUUCAACCAAGGCAUAGAGGGCGAAUAAGAGGUAAUGGUCGGCGGAGUAAUAAUGAUCCUUCAAGUACAAGUGGUUAACCGAUAGUGCACACCUCAACAUUUCAAACUCGAUGUGCGGAUAUUGAAUCAGCUCCGAUGUUUGAUGCUCUACCAUCUACUGACAUUCAGUUUGUCGAUGUUGACAUGGACUCCGAACCGGAGUCCAAUCUUAGUGGUUUCGAUGAUGAGAACCACUAACAUGAUACCGAUCGAUAAGAUGGGUAUUCAGAUCUUCCAACUACGACCCAUGAUGACAUGGGUCGCAAUGCUCCUUGGAUAAAUAUUGAGGGACCACAACUGCGUUAUGAAGCUGGUGUUGACGUUGCAUUGAAUUAUGACCCCCUUGAUGUUGGGCGAGUUGAGAGGUUAAAGCUGUGGAAUAAACACACCAAAGAUUUAGAAUUAAGUCAACUGUUCGAAAACAAAGGAGCAUGUCAAAAGAGCUAUGAAAUUGUGGUCCAUAAAGGAGAAUAGGGAGUUCAAAGUUCGUGAGAGCAUGCCAACAACUUGGUAUGUUCGUUGUCGGGCUCGUAACUCCGUACCCCCGUGUCAUUGGCAGCUUCGUGCAACCUUGCGUAGCUCGCACAACAUGUGGAUGAUUGUCACACUUGCUGAUGCUCAUACCUGCAUCCGUGUUUGUUAUAAUAAUGACCACCGUGGAUUGAGUAGCGACAUAAUUGCCGAACAUAUUAUUCCCCAUAUUAUGAAUGGUCCAGUGUAUAAAAUCAAGGAAAUUCAAGCAUCAGUGAAACAGGAGUUUCAUUGCGAUGUGUCUUACAAGAAAGCUUGGUAUGUUAGACGCCGUGCCAUUGAUAUAUUAUAUGGGGAUUGGCUGACAUCCAUAUCACAGCUGCCCACGUAUAUUCAGGAGUUACGAAGGUCCAAUCCGGGUACGGUAGUUGUGUGGGAUCAUCAUCCAUUGAGUACCCCUUCCAAUAUUAUUUUUGAUUAUAUAUUUUGGGCAUUUGCGCCUGCCAUCCAAGCCUUCCGCUAUCUAAAACCGGUCAUAUGUGUAGAUGGUACCUUUUUGAAAGGACCUUAUCGAGGAAAACUUCUUGUCGCCAUAGGUUUUGAUGCUAAUAACUCAAAGUUUCCACUGGCAUAUGCCCUAGUUGAUAAGGAGAAUAAUCGGAAUUGGCCUUGGUUCAUGAGACUAUUACGCAUUCACGUGUGUGGUGAUGUGCAGAAUAUAUGUAUUAUAUCUGAUCGUCACCAUGGCAUCAUUAAUGCAAUGCGUACACUCGAAGAGUGGCAGGAGCCAUUAGGGGUGCACCGAUUCUGUUUGAUUCAUAUUCGGAGCAAUUUCACACAAAAAUUCAAGAAUGAAAGCCUGAUGUUCGGCGCUAGUGUGGCGAAUUAGACACGUAGGUAUGAGAACUUCAUGAAUGUGAUUUUCUCCCUAAAUACGGAGGCAUAUGUAUGGCUAAGGAAAUGAUAAAGGCAAGGGCAAAAGGGGCACCGGUGAUAGAGGCAAGGGCAAGGGCAAAAGGCACAUCGGGCGUUGAUAUGAUCAUUUUCAGUACAUGUUUGUUAAAUAUCAAAUAUUUUAAUAUGGAGAUUUAGCGUUAUUUUAACCUUUUAUUAUUUGAAUGCUUAUCGUUAUAUUUAUACUUAACCAUUUCACCAUGUCACGUUAUGCAUUUUUUCUUCUU